GAACGCAACCCUGCAGUGUGAAACCUACAUUAGGAAGUCUCAAGUUUUAUCAAGCGUGUUUCACGCCAGUUCACCCUCUGUGCACCUCAAGAUUCAUGGCGAUGCGUGUACUGUGCCGCUGACAAUGAGCCGCGACGGUGACUGUGAUAAGUGAUCCGUAUAAAUCCAUCCUCGUCGCCGAACGCGAGCAGUGGCAGUGGAGAAAGAUCGCACGUCGACCGCCGUUAGAGCAUACCUCUUGAUGACUCGCGCUUUACGUGAGCCGCAGGCAAGCCGGAGCUCGCAAUUAUGUUCGAUGUACCGCAGAAAUUCUACGAGCUGUGUCGCCUUUGUUUAUCCCUGGAAGGUGCCAAGUAUCACAUAUUCGAGGUGGGCGACGAUCAGCAUAAUUUCGCCGAGAAGAUAUCGGCGUGCCUGUCAAUCACGGUAAAAGAUGGUGAUUCUUUACCACCAAUUAUCUGCCAGCGGUGCGUAUACAAGUUGAAUACGUUGGACAAAUUUCGUGAAGUAUCGCAACAGUCUGACGUCUUACUCAAACAGUACCUGGAAUAUACCAAGCAACAGUCAUCUCAUGACGAGCAGCAAGAGUCUUUCUCCACUGCCAAAGUAGCGGGCGAAAGUAGCCCUCUGCAAUCGGUCCUUGUGUUGAAUAGGAAACUGUUCAACGAGGAGCCUAACUCCGAGCCGGCCAGCAUUAAUCAAAACAUAAUACCUCAAACUCAAACGCAUCAUCUAGAGUUACAGAGCAGCGAUAUGCGAGAACAUGAUAAUAUUAAGUGCGAGCCAGACGAUGACGAUAGUUCCAACAGUUCCGAUCCAGAACGAUUGGAGAUUGAAGAUCGUGACGUGCAGGAAAUCGAUGGCGAAGAAAAUGGUUACGAUAUGACCGUCAGUAAGAGGAUCAGAAUCGAGAGCAACUACGAUGGCUCCGAGUCUAACACGGCGAAUUGUAGUCCAGUUAAUAGAAUGGACACCCCGGAGAGCAACUGCUCUGACACUAACAUUGAUCAGGAAACCACGAAACUGUGGCAAGCUUUAGCCAACAACAGAAGCUUGGAAAUUACGCGGACAAAUGGUGAUAAACUAAACAAUGGAUUCACCGGUGAAGCGACCAAUCUGCUGCGUUCUUUGAUCAACAAUAGGCAGAUCGGUAUUACUGCCAUUGAUUCGGACAAAAUAUCCCCACAAAUCAGAUUUUAUAAGGAUACCCAAGGGACAGUUAGCGAGCGUUUGUCGACCGAUUUUCCUGUGCUCGGUAAUCGUACCAAUAUAGGAAGCUUAGAAAAUAAGUCUGUACAGCGUGCUUCGAUAGACAGCAAUCCAUCUAGCCCUGCCAGCAUUGGUCGUAAAGAGAUGGCGACGACGACAAAAGGUCGCAGAAAACAGAGCUAUCCCAGUAAAGCUCCAGCAAGUCCGGAUAUUGUUGCUAGUUACCAACACGAACAAAACAACGAGGAGCAAGCACAUGAUUUUACCACGUGGUCAAGCAAAAUAAAAAAUAAGAUGGAUGAUCAGAAGCAACAGUUUGAUCAGCAGAGUGGUAAUGUGGCAAAAAAGAUAGAUAUGUCUUGUACAAAUUGCGGCACCAUGACAACAACCAUCUGGAGAAGGAACAUGAAGGGUGAGAUGGUGUGUAACGCUUGUGGAUUGUACUACAAGCUGCACGGUGUUAAUCGCCCAGUUACUAUGCGAAGGGACACUAUACACACGCGCAGGCGUAGACCCAAAGGCGAGAAACCAAUGAGGCAUAGAAAAAAAGGAGACACAGUCUUAGCGUCUCAGUCGGCAAGAGAUCAAAUGGAUGCCGAGAGUGCGGAUAUGCUAAAUGCUCUUCGACAACAAAUUCAUCCUCAGCUGAUGAUGCAUGCAGCAUUGACGCCUACGCGCAUACCCGGUGGCCAUCCACCUCCGCCAGUUGCUUACUCAAUACCUUUAUCUAAUUACAUGAUUCAUCAACAUGUGAAAAACGAGGAGCGUAUGCAACGACACUUAUCCGUGGAUGAGGAAGCAGACGAAGGCGAUGAAGAAAACGUCUCCGACGUUCCCCUCAACCUGGUAGCAACUUCGCUCUCCGAGGAGCAUUAGAAAAAUCUGGUUUGACGCCUAGGUAUGCUUUCUCGACCGGCAUGGUACGUUCGGUGAUAUUUAUCCUGAGAUGGAUUUUUAAUAUCUCUUCUGGAAAACUCUCAGUGUUUUUCUCUAAGAGAUCAUUUGCACCGAGGAUGACGUUCCGUAGAGAGUUGGAAUCAGGCUCACGCCACGGCGUAAUGCGCACGAUGGAACGAGAUGAUAUUAAUUACUCAGUAUUAAUUAUUCAAGAUGUACAUAUAUAAAUAUACACAUACAUACGGGGAAACACACACACGUACACAAACACACAUAAAAACACGCAUAUGAGAAAAUAUUUUUAUACAAAAUUUUAUAUGUGCUCGCCCGUUGUACAUAAACGUGCCGCGGAUCCAACCGUGGUGCCAUUUGGAAAUACUCGUUGUCAUCGUCAUCACCAUCUUAUUUCAUAUUGUAUGUAUCUUUUGAUUGGAUUUAUCUUACGGUGACGGUGACAAUGACAGCAUCUCCAAUGGCGUACCUGCAACGUCGUUAUGGCUUUCGACAUUCAAUUGUGUUACGCUCUAAAUUUUAAAGUCCUUACAGAAAACUUUUAUACGUUGCGUGAUAAAUGUUGGAUUUUUCACUUUAUUUGAAUAGAAAUUAAAAUAAAAGUACGAAAUAUGAAAAUAAUAUCAAAUAUUACAAAUAAGACAUUCUGUAUUUGGUAGAUACAUGGUCGGUAUUUGAUAGACAUAAUCUCAUGAAUGAAGAAACAUUUGUAUCUUUGAAACUAAUUGUGUUAUUUGAACUUGAUUAUUAACUUUAAAUAUAUCUGGUUAGGAAACAAAUUGACAAUGAUUCAUUAUUUAAUAUAAUUAAAUUAAAAUUUUGUAUUAAAUUCUGUAGAAAAACGUUAUCAAAACAGUAUUUAUUAUAACUUUGUUAAUAAGUUAUAUACUUAUUUUUAUUUUAAAUAGGAAAAUUAAAAAUUACUUGGUCAGCAAAAUAGAUUUAAGUGCCUAAAAUAAAUAUUAAAAAAAUUAUUUUACAAUAUUGAGUAAUUAUAAAGAGAAUUUAUAUUAAGAUAAGUGAUAUAUAAACUGCUCUUAAAACACAGAAAAAAAUGAUGAAUACUAUUAGCAAAAUUAAUUAUUGAUUAGAUUUUAUUUUAAUUAGAUGUAAUCAUAUUUAAUAUAACUUAAAUUAUAACUUAUAAUUAUAAUAAUUAUACCGUAACUCUUCAGUUUCGACAUUGCUUAUAAUUAUAAUUUAACAUUAUAAUUUUUAUUUCACGUUUUUUUUAACGUGAGGAAUUGUAUUGCAACUUAAUUAUUUUGUGACAAAGGAUUAGAAAUUUGGUGAAAGAUUCUACAUUUUAUACGCAACAUUUUAAUGACGAGAAAUUUUGAGCGAUUGACAAUAAAAGAUAUUAGAAAAAGAUUGGCGAAACAGGGGACACAUCGGGGCCUGAAUAAAACGCGAAAUGCUAGCAACUAUGUCACAAUACGAUAAUGCCACCUCUCUCGUCUACGUUGCUUGGAGGUGACAUUCGCGAAGCCUUAAUUAGAGACCUGUAGAUGCUAUUGUAUUUACGAGACUGCUGGAAAACCGUAUGCGAAGAUUAAUAUUUCUAAAUUUCUACCCUCUCGGUAAAGACUUGUACUUAAUUUCUCAGACCGCGCGAAUACUCGCACGCAAUUAUAUCUAAGCUAAGAUUCUGAAAGCAAUAAGUAAUGCGGCGUAAUGUAUGUAUAACCGCCGUUAUUGUCAUCAAGUUCAUAUUAUCGGAUACUCAGUUGCACGCUCUCUUUUCUUCCUUUUCUAUCUAUCUUGAUUAGUGAAUGAGAUACGUGCGAGAACUUAAGAAAGUAAUACUUAGAUAACGUUUAUUCAUACGCCAGAUAUAUUAAAAGUGACAAAUUUUAUAGCUCCACUGCUGCUGCGUAGUCGGUUUUAGAAUCGAUCGAUGAGAGAGGCUUCGCUUUAAUAGAGUAAACGGAAACCUAAUAAGGUUCUAUAUCUACCUCCUGUAUAUUUACAUGUCACGUGUAAUGAGCGUAAAUUUAUUCAUUUUUCAAAGUUGAGAUAGAUCUGGAUAAAAGAUUUUAGUCUUUAACCAUCAAGAUAUAGGAAAACAAUAUUGGAGUGUAGGCCUAUUUUCAUAAUAUGUAGUAACAAAAAGGUUUAGUUAAUUAUAAAUUGAAAAUUAACUAAUAUACACUUAUGAUUAAAUAAACUAAAGAUUAAGACUGCGUUCGGAGAAUGCAUUAUCAACACUGUUACAUUAUUCUAUCUUUAUCAUUCAUUAGAUGUAAAACAAGAAUAAUGCAAUAGCGUGCUGAUAACAUGCUCUUUGAGCAUGGUACAAGUAUAUGUAUACACAUAACUUUUAAUUUAUUUAACCAUAAGCUUAUGAAAGUGUUAAUUUUUAACUUAAAUUACAUUUUUUAUAUAUAAUAGUUAACUAUAUAUUAUGAAAAUGGACCAUAGAGGCUGCAUGGUUUAACACCUGCCGUUUCGUUCGGAUCUAUCUGAUCCAAAAUGCAUUUUAUUUUUCAUUAAUAAUUUUAUUUAAAAACUUUUGAUAAUUUCUAUCUAUUUCUUUUCUGUAAAUUUUUUUAUUUUUUAGAGUUUUUUUAUCCAAUACAAUAGAGAUGACUAUAGAGUGAAUUUGAACAGACCAACGGGGUUAAUAAUUGAAAAUUACGUAUACAUCUCAAGUGUAGUAUUUUCUAGGACACUGUGCGUAGAUUUUAACUUCUCUCCUUUUUUUAUUCUUCUAAUCCGAGUCCGCGCGCGUAAUGAAAUAAUGAAAGCCGGGGUCUCCGCCGUUUCUCCAGAAUUGUACAGAUAACGCGUUCAAGGGACGGGUAAAGCGACCUUACAUAGCGCAUAAUACUAUGGCCAGUGCAUCUACUCAUGGUACUUGUAAUAUUUAACAUGUCGUAUACCUAAUCAAUUGCCAAAAAUAGAUUUAGUCUACGUACGUAGGAUAGUUAAGCACGUACAUAAAAAAUUUAACAGUCCAUAUUCAACUAUCUCCCAUCCAUUUCCCACACACUUAUUUCUCUAUCCUUUAUUAUUUUUCUUAUUUUUUUUUCUGCUCUUCUCCAUGUACACACGUAUAUAAUCGUCCAUUUUUCCUUUUUUUUUAAAAUCAAAGAACUUUAUUAUUGUCUCCACUUAAUCCUCCUCCUCUUUUUCCUCUUCUUUCUCCUCCUCCUCCCCCCCUUCUCUUCCUCCUUCUUCUCCUCCUC